AAUCUGGCGGGGUUGGCGUAUGGAAAUACGGUGGGACUGUGAGAAUCCCAUCCUUCCCAAAAGGAUCACCUUCUUCGUUAAUCGGCAGUGAAAGUGCCGAUGAAUCUUUAGAUGAGUCCGAGUCAUCACAAUUCGAAGAAUUACUAGAAAAUUUACAUCUAUCAAGUGAAGUAGCUCUUGAGGAAUCAAAAGUGUUGACUGCACUCACUUUCCUCUUUGACCAUUUUGCGAUUGGGCUUUUACAAGCUUAUCUCACUGAGACUAACGAACUUGAUGAUUUUCCUUUGAAUACAAUGGUUAUUGAUAUAGUACUCAGAAAGGCUGUUAAAGAUCUUUCAGGACUGCUUAUUUCUCAAGGAAACCAGCUUGGUAUCUUUUUGAAGAACAUGUUAAAGGGCAAUGGCAAACCGUUACUGAAGAAUGAAUUCCUACAAUCCAUUUCAAAAUAUAUAAAACAAAGAUCCGAUUUUUUAUCGAAUGAUUUCUCGAAGUUUUGCGUAUGUGGUGGCAAGGGUAAAAGCAUGUGGAAUAAUAUUAAUUACUCAUGUGAGAAAACAAAUGUGUUGGAUUUUCAACAAAAGCAAGUUGAGGUAAACUUAAACACCAGUCUUUGUAUUAUUUCCUCAAUAGUUUUCUUUUGAUACAAUUAAAACUUGUCAGCAUUUAAUAUUUCCUGAUUUUCGUUUUUUUUCUCCUUUUCUUUUUUAAAGAAACUUUUCUUCAAGGGUGGGAAAUAUGCAGUUCAACAGACGCUCACUUGAACUUAGUAAUGACAAUGGGUUAAACAGUGUUUCGAAACGACAGUUGGGUUAAACAGUGUUUCGAAACGACAGUUGGGUUAAACAGGGUUUCGAAACGACUGUUGGGUUAAACAGGGUUUCGAAACGACUGUUGGGUUAAACAGGGUUUCGAAACGACUGUUGGGUUAAACAAUGGUUUCAAAACACUGUUGGGUUAAAACAGUGUUUUGUGGAGAAAACAGUGGUUCUUUUUUUCCAAACAGUAGUUUGACUUUGGUCAAACAGCGUUUCAACUUUGGUCAAACAGUGUUUUAACUUUGGUCAAACAGACUUUUGAACCACUAAGAAUCAUAUUUUUGCAAACAGUGGUUCGACUUUGGUCAAACAGGUUAAACAGUGGUUUGACUAAGAAUCACCACUUUGGUGGGGUGGUAGAAGCUUUGUGCCUCUUGAUGAGAGACCAGGGUUCAAUUCCUGACAUUGGGUAAAAUUUGGUGUGAUUUAAGAGUAGUGUUAUGUAGCCUUUGCCAUUCAAAAAAAAAAAGUUAAUUAUCAUAAUUUUUGGUAGAUCACAAGACAUGUAAUAUGUUAUACUUUUUGUAUGAUAUGUAUUAAUAAUAAAUAGUUUUUAAUAUAAAAAAAUUUCUCGA